AUGCCGCCGCCUGCCUUUAAUGCAGCCCUGGUUACACCGGAUGCGGUGUUAGAAGCUUAUAAGCGCUUGCAGCCCCACGUGCACCGGACGAGAGUGUUCACAUGUGACCAGCUGGAUCAGCGAGCCUCACAUGGAAGUGCUCGCAAGCUUUUUCUCAAGGCAGAGCAUGAGCAAAAAAUUGGCGCCUUCAAAAUUCGUGGUGCUAUCAACGCUAUUUGCCUCUCUGCAGCAGACUACAUCGUCACGCAAUCUAGCGGCAACCAUGCUCAGGCGAUUGCGCUGGGAUGCAAACUCUUGGGAAAGAAGGCUGUGGUGGUCAUGCCAGAAGACUCCCCAGGGGUGAAAGUCAGCGCUGUGCGGGACACCUAUGGUGCUGAGGUGCGUUUCUGCAAAGCCACACAGGAAGCGCGUGAGGCGAUGUCUGCAGACAUCGUCAGGGAGCUUCGGGAGAAGUUUGGGGAGGAGAAGGCGGAGGAGAUCCACCCGAACCAGGACAUUCGAGUGGUGAACGGCCAAGGUUCGGUUGGAUUGGAACUCCUGGAGCAAGAGCCGGAUCUGGAUGCCAUUGUAGUUUCAAUUGGAGGAGGCGGUCUUAUUUCUGGAGUGGCUACAUAUGUGAAGUCGGUGAAAAGCCAUAUCAAAGUCAUAGGGGCUGAGCCGGAGCGAGCCAAAAGCGCUUUUAUGUCAAAGCAAGCUGGAAAGCUAGUGAAGAAUCCACCAAACACUGUCAUUCACACGAUCGCGGACUCUGUCAAGAGCAGCCUUGGUCCCACGACGUAUCCGGUGGUGCGGGACUUGGUGGAUGACGUUUUCACUGCGACCGAGCAGGAGAUUGAAGAUGCUACAAAGUUCAUGAUGGAACGGGCCAAGCAGGUGGUUGAACCUGGAUGUGGUCUGGCUGUGGCAGUGGCCACCUCUGCGCAGCUGUACCAGAGGCACCUUUUUCAUGGGAGACAGAUGGCGCUCACAGUCGAUAGCCUUGGAAUGCCUUGUGCAGUUGCUCAAGGCUUGACCUCUUCAAGCGUAUGGAGGGCAGCCUUGGCACAAAGGAUUCACCUGAUUCAGGCCAUGACGUUCCUGCGGGUCAACACGGCCCGCAUCUCGCGUGACAAGGUGCACAUGUUUCUCAGCAGUCGUUCCGUGCCGGUGGAGAAGACGCUGAAUUCCCAGAUGGGCUUGCUACUUACGUCAAAGCAGAACAUGCUGGACAUUCCGGAGUACAAACUUGGGUACUUUGAAAUUCAAGACGAGUCCUCGCAGCUCAUUGCAGACCAGGUUGAUGCCAAGCCGGGCGAUUUAGUCAUGGACUUCUGCGCAGGAAGUGGUGGCAAGGCGCUGUGUAUUGGCCCCAAGAUGCUCAACCGCGGCCAGGAUAUCCCGCAAGCCUUACUUCAAGGAGUUCCUGGCGAUGACGACUGCCCAAGAUUCUCAGAUGGACCGUCUCUGGCAAGCCCAACAGACAUGUCACCUGAAGAGGAGAAAAGUUUUCCUGAAGAAGAGGAAGAUGAGUUAGCCCUGCCACCAGGAGGGAUGUUUACAGUCCUGAUGUUUGGGAUGACUGGAGCAGGCAAGAGUGCUCUCGGAAAUCUGAUGGCAGGCUGUGAGGCUUUUGCCUCGGGAGAUGAUACAGCUAGUGUCACAAACCUCGACUCUGUGAUGAGAUAUGAAGCUACGGAUGACUCACUCGUUGUUCUCGAUACGAUUGGUCUUGGGGACACUGAGAUUGAUCAAGACAAGGUCGUAGCCAGUAUUCGGGAUGUGGCCCUGUCAGCCGUGAAUGGCGUGGAUGCAAUGUGUUUCGUGAUGCGUAAUGCACGAAUAACAGAUGAUGCCAUAGCAAGAUUGAUCUAUGUGACGGAGUACUUGUGGGGCUCAAACUGUCUGCUGAACCUCUAUGUCAUUGUGACAUUUGCUAGCAAGUACUUGGCUAGUCGGAAAGAGGCAAAUGAGUGGAUUGAAAGACAGGUUGAACUGAAUUGGCGUUUCAAGCACAUUUAUGAGCUUGUUGGCAGAAAUCCCUACCGCUUUCUUUUCGUGGACAAUCCUAGUACAGACUCAGGGGAGCCCAAUAUCGAGGAGCGGCAGGCUGCAAGUCGAAAGGCUCUCAUGACGGCUUUCAUUCAGCAUCCUAGAGAUGUGAUACCUCCAUUCACCCACUCGGUCAUGGAAAAGGCGAGGCGCCUGGUUGAGGAGCAGAAGAAAGAGGUGGAACGGGCCACCGAAAAAUUCGCGCAGCUCCAUGCUGCGAAGCUCGAGAGAGAAAAGAAGAGAAAGAGCAAGCGCAACAGCCGCCGGCAGAACACAGCUGGCACAGAGCAAGCGCAACAGGCAGUUCAAGUGGCAUUGGAAGAAAAGAAAAAGGCACAAAUGUCAUUGACAGAGGCCUUGCUGAAGGUCAGAUCUGAUGCAGACUUUCAGAGAGAAGUCGCAAUGGAGGCAGAAUUAGCAACCUUGCGCUUUGGUCAAGAUUUUGAUCUGCCAGAUUCCGAAUCUACAAAGGGCACAGGAACGACAGCACCCGGAACACCUACAUCCAACCCAUCACAGAAUCCCGUGCAAGCUUGCAAACGCAUGUUCUUUUCCUUAGUGAGCUCGGUCAACAAGAUGGGCAUCAGGAAGGGUUCAUCGAAGAACAUCAAAGAUGUCAAAGAGCCCAGGAAAGGUUCGAAAGGCAUAAAGAAGGAUGAGCCAAAAAAAACCCAGCCGCCCCAGAGGAAGACCAGUGCUGAGGAUAUCCAGAAAACUCUUGAUGCUGCUAUCUUCCAGCUAAAGACCAAUAUGAAGGGUCCGCCGCAAGCGGUAUUUAAGCAGCUGGACAAAAGGAAGACUGGAAUGGUGACACCAAUGGAGUUUUCAGAAUUUGUACAGAAGAAUGUGUCGCAAAUCAGCAGAGCACAGAUUGGUGGCCUCUGGCGCAUGGCGGAUCGAAACUGUGAUGGAAAGCUCGACUUGCAGGAAUCUUCCUGCACGACGUCCGUGAUACAAAGCUGUUCGAAUCGAAGCGCCGCUUUCGCAAGUGUCGAUCCUACGUUCGUUGGGAGAUUGGCCAUGCCAAGCCGUGGGCGGCACCCAGGCAACGCUCUCUUGGCGUUGUUUGUUGCCAGUGCGCUUUUUGCAGCAGCUGGCUUUGUGCAGAGUAAUGCCUUCGUAGCCACUGGAAAUCGUCAAACCCGCGUCAGUUUGGCAGCGCCGGGCGCUUUGGCCGCACCUUUGCAGGCAGCGACAAAUCCGCUGGAACACCCCGUGACAGCUUCACGUCUUCGCAGCUUGGGAUGCCUGCUGCUGGCCAUGGGAGCGUUCGCGGCAAGGAGUGGUGCCCGACCAACGAACGGCUUCCGGUUGGCUGGUCCAAAGCUGCUGGUGCAGUUUCAUCCCAGGGCUUCGGAGUCCAAGCUGGCAACCGCAGCACUGGGCACGGCAUAUUCUAUGGAGCUUGGGAAUGAGUGGAAUGUGGACUCUGCUGGGGCAGACCUGAAUCUGGCUUCGGAACUCAUCGACAUUGCACCAACCGCAUCUCCAAAGCCCAUGGUUGCUGCCUUCGGUCAAACCGCUCAAAGAUUGCCAGGGCUUGGAGCUCUGAAAUCUUCCAAGGGCAGGCGUGCUCAUCAGCGACGACAGCAUCGCAACAUUGGGUCGAAGCUUUGUGCUUCCUUGCGGUAUGAAAUGCCAUCUCUCAGCUUUGAUUCCAGCAGAGUGCGUUCGAAGAUCCAGAUGGGUCUCUCGAUUGGCGCGAGCCCCAAGAUCCCAAAAAGCCGCAACGCAGCUCGAAGCAACGAGUCCAUCGAAUCUGACCAAGUCAUGGCGGAACUAUUGUUCAGAAGCUACAGCGGUGAAGAUCAUGAAAAAAAGACAGCUAUUCCCUUUGAAGAUCAGUGGAGCCUGACUUCAUUGGUACGGGAUACGAGGAUGCUGAAGGAAGCCCUAUGAUGAACCGGGAGCUCGGAACAUCUGUGGCUGAGGUCGCAGCGGUUCAUAGAGCCUAGCCUGCCAUGUGGGCCGAUGUGCACUCCCCAGAUGGGAAUUCUUGUGCUUCCACAGCGUCCGGGCACUGGAUGAUGUGCUCAACUUUCACUGUGUCUUUUGACCUGGUGAUUCAAAAGGCAUCCCUGAGCCUGGCUUUGCGUUGAAGCUUUCCUCAGUCUGCCUUAGCUGACCUUGAAGGUAGGUCCAAGGCCAUGUCAGCUCCAUUUGCAACCAAAAUCGC